AUAAGCAGUUAUUAGAGAAGUGUACACAAAUGCCACACGUAGCUAAUGUUUUGGACCCUUUUCGUGCUUUUUUAUUUUCUAAAAAAUAUACACAUUUUAAAAGGUAAAUAUAAGCAAACAAUUCUUAAUACCGUUUCUCUUAGUAUUUCAAAAUAUAAACUAACGAGUUUUUAAUGACAAUCCCGAGCAAAAGUAAAUGUACUAAAUGAAAUGUGGUCAGUGUAAGUCAGGCAACAGAAAUCACGAAGCCAAUAUUUACAUCUAUCAGACUCACAAAGAAAGUAGCCCACGAGAUUAGAUAACUGUAAAUUAAAGCUGAUAGAGGGAGAAAAAUAUCAAACUACAUAAAACAUUUCCACUAAAUACAAGUUCCCGAAAACUUUCAUUGCUGCUCAUUCUGUUAAAAUCUCUAUACGCACAGCACAUGCUUUAUGGUGACUUGAAGGUGUAGGUGUGUCCGUCCCCCUUCAUUGGCGCACUCACGCGCUGCUGUCCGAUCACACACACACACACACACACACACACACUUCAAAAGAUCAGACGACGCGCAGGACGCUCACGGUCCCUCUAAACAAACCCUCCUGGAUAACUUCAUUCGGACUUUUCAGUCACUCUACCGCCCAAAUAUCAUUUGCUCUCCUGUGAGCGACACACAUCCUCCUUCUUGCCCUGAGAGUCCAAUUGUUGCCGUGUGUGUGUUGGUUGCUAGAUCUUGGAUGAAGGAGCGGAGCCCAUGCGGACUGCUGCCAUCUGACCCACUCUUAUCAAUGAAGCAGGAGAUCAUGGCGGAGGGUCCCCGGUGUAAAAGGAGAAAACAGGCCAACCCGAGGAGAAAGAACGUGCUGAGUUAUGAAAAUGUGGUGGAUGCCGGUUCAGGGUCCGAUGAGGAGGACAGACUCCUGGGUUCUGAGGGCGAAGGCAGUCCAGCAGGUGUGCAGAGUCUGGAGGCCUCACCCCGGGUGGCCCAUGCCCUGCUCUCCUGCCGUGGGGAUGAAGAAAAUGAAAGCCAGGAUGGGGCAGGAGCCCAUGUCUGGUGCCACGGAGACCUGAAUGGUUCAGAGGAGCGAAAAGCUGAGUACAACCCCAUGAGCCCUGACAUCUCUCUUCAUGGAAUUGGAAAUGGUACAGUUAAGGGUAUUGAUGCCUCUUCAGAGCUGGAAAGCUUCUUUGCCAAGAGGAAACUGGAUGACAGCGAGGGACAUGCAGCGAGUAUUGCGGAAUACCUGCAGGAUACUGUUAUUAUUUACCCAGAGGACCCAGAGGAGGGUACACGACUGGGCACGCCAGAGGCCAAUGGACAAGAUGAAAAUGAAAAUGAAAAUGAUCUGGCACUGAGGACGCCAGAUGCCUUUGCCCAACUGUUGACCUGCCCCUACUGUGACCGGGGCUACAAGCGGCUGACCUCCCUAAAGGAGCAUAUCAAGUACCGACAUGAGAAAAACGAUGAGAGCUUCCCCUGUCCUCUGUGCAGUGACACCUUCGCCUACCGCACCCAGCUAGAGCGCCAUAUGGCCACACAUAAGCCUGCCAGUGAUCAGCCUCAACUGCUAAAUGAAGGGGCUGGUAACCGCAAAUUCAAAUGCACAGAGUGUGGUAAAGCCUUCAAAUAUAAGCAUCAUUUGAAGGAGCACCUCCGCAUUCACAGUGGUGAAAAGCCAUAUGAGUGCUCCAACUGCAAGAAGCGCUUCUCCCACUCUGGCUCCUACAGCUCCCACAUAAGUAGCAAGAAGUGCAUUGGCCUUAUCUCUAUUAAUGGACGGGUACGCCAUGGAAUCAACAGCAAGCCUGGCUCAUCUCCAAACUCUGCUGCAUCCUCCCCUGGCAGUCCUGCCUUAGCUCAGCUCCGUCACAAACUGGAGAACGGCAGGUCCAUGAGCCUCCAAGACCCAUCUGCUCACCCAGACAUCAAGUCAGAGCCCAUGGACUUCAAUGAAUACCGUCUUAUGAUCGCUUCUCAACAAGAAUAUGGUGGGUCAGGAGCCUUUCUCAAUGGCAAUGGUCAUGGAGGUAGUCCUCCAGGGAUGCACGGUUCAUCUCAGAACUCCCAGCAACAUCUGGGCAUUGGGUCGGAUUCUCAUCUUUUAAGCUAUCCAGCGUUCAUCAACAACAUGAGUGAGGUUCAGAAGGUUCUUCAGAUUGUGGACAACACAGUUUGCCGGCAGAAAAUGGAUGGCAACCCUGAAGAGAUCUCUAAGCUCAGAGCAUACAUGAAGGAAUUAGGCUCCCAGAUGGAGGAGCAGAAUCGGGUACUGGCCUCCCAGCAAGGCUUCCUUGGCGUUGGUCACAACAGUCCCACCAAGACCAUCAUUGACUACACACUGGAAAAAGUAAAUGAAGCCAAAGCAUGUCUCCAGAGUUUAACAGAAGAUUCUAAGAGACGGCCUGUAGAUAUAAAAAAAGAAAGACCCAGCCAUGCCAUGGAUCUUCUAUCUCAAGAUAAAGCACAGGAGAGGGAUGCACAGUAUGCACUAUUCUCUUGUCAGUAUUGCAAGGAGACGUUUUCUGGCCCUAUUCCAUUACAUCAACAUGAGCGCUAUCUCUGCAAGAUGAACGAGGAGAUCAAGGCUGUCCUCAAACCUAAUGAUACUGUACCAACUGGCCGCAGGGGGCUUUUCGGCUCAGAGCAGCAUACUGGUGUGAUCCCCUCAUCCCUGGAGAGGAAUGCCACCAGCCCACUCAACCCCUACAAGGAUCACAUGUCAGUACUGAAAGCCUACUUUGCCAUGAACACUGAGCCCAACUCAGAGGAAUUGAGGAAGAUCUCCCUGGCAGUGGGUCUUCCUCAGGAGUUUGUGAAGGAUUCAUUUGUGCAAUGGAAAGCUCAAUCUCACCAUAGCUUCUCUAGGAAAAGAUCUCCUCCACCUGAGCGAAAUGGAGAGAUCAACCACGGCUUGAGCAGGGAGUCAGCAUUUGCCCGGUCACCUGUUUCUCUGAGCCAAUAUGGCGACUCGACAGCAGCGAUCCAAGCCAUCACCAAUGGGGAUUCAGGGCACAAGUUGUCCAAACUGCAUCAGUUUACAGGCAUCAGGCAGACAAAUGAAAAGCGACUUGAAACUGUGGACCACUUGAGAGGUGAGACACCCUCACCUUUGAAUCUCUCAUCAUCAUCAUCCAAACACUCGCAUAGCAGUUCAUACACCCCUAACAGCCUCGCUUCUGAGGAUGCCCAUGGGGAACCACUGGACUUGUCUUUGCCGAAACAAUUUUCCAAGACAGAAAGGAGGCCAAAACCGAAUGGUUUUUCUGUUGACCACACUAUCAACUCCUCUGCACAUGAACCAGGAACAGAGCCUUUAAAUUUGGCCCACAUCAAGAAGGAGUUCAAUGGACCCAACAGUUUGAGCAAUGAAAAUCAGCUGGAGAAAAGCUCAAGCCCCAUCUUUAGCAUACACCCUUUUGGUGGUGGGCACAUGUACACCUCGCUUCCGCCACAUGGAGCUUUCCCUCCUCCUACUUUCAUGUCUACAGCUCAAGCCAGCAUCCCGGGACUCAGGCCUUACCCAGGGUUGGAUCCCAUGAGUUUCCUUCCACCUAUGGCUUAUACUUACGCAGCAGGGGCAGCCACUUUUGCUGAGAUGCAGCAACGUCGGAAGUACCAGCGGAAACCAGGCUUUCAGGGGGAGCUACUGGACAGCGCAGGGGACUAUCUGUCAGGACUAGAGGACCUGACAGACAGCGAGUCGCUUCUCGCCCGGAAGAAGAUUAAGAAGACUGAAAGUGGUAUGUACGCGUGUGACUUGUGCGACAAAACAUUCCAGAAGACCAGUUCCCUCCUAAGACACAAAUAUGAGCACACAGGAAAGCGGCCUCACCAGUGCCAGAUUUGCAAGAAGGCCUUCAAACACAAGCACCACCUCAUCGAGCACUCACGCCUACAUUCAGGCGAGAAACCUUACCAGUGCGACAAAUGUGGCAAGCGCUUCUCCCACUCUGGCUCUUACUCGCAGCACAUGAACCACCGAUAUUCCUACUGCAAACGGGAGGCAGAGGAGCGAGAGGCUGCCAAACAAGAUAGCCACGACAAUGGCAGACCCCUGGAGCCCACGGAGCUCCUCAUGCGUCGGGCUUACCUUCAAGGCCUUGGACCCCUUGGCUUUUCAGAUCCAGAGGACCAGACCGAGGACAUCACACGAGAAAACACCAUCUUGAGAGAUGGAACUGAGGGUGGGACCAGGGAGGCAGAGGAGGCAUAUCUGGAAGUGACUGACAGGCAAGAGACAAGGUUGGUUGAAGAAGAGGAAAUGGAGACAGAGGGGCAGAGAUUUGACACUCGGAGCCCUGAUGGAACAGCAAAAGAUGAGAAAGAGAGCGAAGUAAUGGGAGGGACAGAGGACGAGAGCUCGGAAGAGCGGAAAUUGGCAAGCAAAAGAAAUCCUGACGGCGAGAAUGAGGAUGCUGAUUAACUACUGCAAUUCGGAAUAAGCUUCCUGUAUUAUUUGUUUUCUUUUUCCCUCAAGCUUGCAUCGCACCCUUCUUCCGCCCUUUUGGAAGGACUUUGAGCCAGAUUCUCAUUUGUACCACACUGCCAUAUCUUGGUUAUCUGAGCGUGCGCCUGAGGCUUGCACUCAUCGAUAUAAAGAGUGGAACUCCGAAAUCAGGCAUCAGAAACUAGGCUGGAACAUGAAGGAAUCCAUAUUAUGCAAAAAUACGAUUGUCAGAAUAAAAAUAAAAGAAAUGUUUUUAAAAUGUACAGAGUUUUCAGCCAGAAAGCUGUGCGGUUCUGAUUUCCAUAUAACUCCUGUGUUUCAUUGUGGUCGUAGCACAAGCCUGGAAAUUGCACUCUGAAAAAAAAAAGUGUUAGAAAAAAGGAAAAAUAAAAAACAAAAAAUUAAAUGAACAAAAAAACUCUUAGGUAAAAAAGGAUUGCCUAUAUGUACUUAUACUGCACUUGAAGAUGCAGUAGUGUGUCAGUGUUAUAUUUCAUUAUCACUUACUGUGAUACCCUUGGUUUUCCCUUUCUUUUCCUGACCAGCCAUUCAAGUUUUGGCGUUUCACCAUGGCUUUUUAUGAAGCGACUUUAACGAAAUAAUACCUAUAUGAUUCUUAAACAUACAAAGUCUUAAAAUUGGCCAGGGGUAGAUGGAAAGAGUUUGGGUAACUGUAAUGACGAAGGCUCAUUGUAUGAGGCGACGUCACAACGCCUGUGUUUUUUUCGUUCGAGAAAAGCCUUAUAUGCAAACCCUUUCACCUGUGUUUUCUGCAAGUGCCAUCCUUGUACAGUAUAAAGCGAAGUCAACUAGAGUUCUCUUUGCACCUGCUUUAGUAUUAAAUGAAAUAUUUCACCUUGUCGUUUGAAAUACCUAUGUCAGUAUUAGUAUAUCUAGACUGCAGUUGUUUAGUUUACAUAUUGUUUGUGCAAUUUUCUGUAUUUUCUAAAGAUCAUCUGUCAGUAUUAUCUUGAUUUGUUUUGUUUUGUUCAAUACAAAAUUAAUUUUUAUUUUAAACUGCCAUUUUAUUUAUGUGACUCAUUUUAUAUUUCCUGAUUAUAUUUAUUUCAUACUGUAGUGUACAGUAUUAUAGUUCCUUGAUAUAGAUAUAUUUUAGUAAAUAAGGAUCCUUACAAGUGGAGCAAAUUUUACGUAAAGAGAGCAUUUAUUGUAUCUGGAGCGAUUGCUGUGAAUUGCUCUUCAUACUACACUUACCUGAUGAAGGAGAAUCUACAAUUUGGGAACUUUUGAUACAAUAUUGUGAAAACACUGUAUUUUUGACUGAAAGGAAAAAUUCCACUUUAUUCAUCUUAUUUGUUUUUCCUUUUUUCCCUUUUUUAGCUAAAGAAAUAAAGGGGGGCUGUGGUUGUUGGGAUUUUUUUAAAUGUCUGUUGAAGUAUAAUUUAAUUUUUAAUUUGUAAUUUCUCUUGAAAAUGACCUUGCUCGAAUAAAUGUAGCCCAAUUUAAUUUUGAAAGCCUGUGUAACAUCUCACUUAUCAAGUCACUUAAAUUU